AUGGAUAUGUCAAAAGUCCGAACUGAUCCAGAACCGGAGAGAUUGACCCGGUAUAGAAGUGCGGUAGAGAAGGAUGGUAAUAACGAUGUGGGAAAAAGUAGGCAAGAUGGAGGUGCUCUUUGUCCAUCACCUUUCCACUUAAAUUUGUGCUAUUCGUGCGAUAUGCCAGUAGACUUUUAUAAAAUUAGGCAAGGUUCUGACCAAAAAACCAUGUGUAAGUCCCAUUUUCAUGAUAUGACGUGCUUUUUGUGCAACAAGAACUCAUCGUAUUGUAGAUAUGAUGGUAAUGAGGGAAACGGUUCAAGGACAUGGACGCCCAAGGACAUGGACGCCCAUCGAUUCCAUGUGGAAUCGAUGUCCACAGAAGCCGAACCCAGGGUACAGAUACAAGUAGGGAAAAGAGGUGAACAUCACAGCGAGCACUGUAGCAGUAACGAAAGAACAAGGGUAGUUAAACCACUACAUCAACACAAUCUGGAAUGUGAAGAGAACCGAGAAAGAAUUUUUAAUGUGGACGUAUCAAACCAAUGUAAAAGGAAUAGGAAAUUUAGAAAAAUUUUAAAACUUAGGCAGAAAAGGCGUUUGGUUAAGACAAGUCUUAGUAAAAUUGUAGGUACAAUAGUUACAUUAGAUGGAGAUAAUAGAAUUUAUGUCAAAACUAAGGUUAAUCAGGAAGAAGUGAUGGCCUUAUUAGACUCAGGAGCAAUGGCCAACUGUAUAGGAAAGGGAGCAUUAGAGUUUCUACGAAAGCAACCAAGUAAGCUAGUGAAAUUAACAGGUAAAGCCAUAAAAACUGCCAGUGAGGGAGAGGUACCUGUGAUUGGAGUAGUAUCACUACCAGUCCUUUGGGAAGGUCAAACUGAAAUUAUGGAUUUUUUAGUAGUACCCACACUACAGCAACCAUUCUACUUUGGAAUCGACUUCUGGAAGACAUUUGAGAUCCCCUUGAUUACCAAGCGAAUCCGAAAAGCUGAAACGUUAGGCAACAUAGGCGAAUUGACACCUUGUUCUGCUGAUUUAAAAUUAACCAAACAACACCCAUUGAAUACUAGCCAGCAAACGAAAUUAGAGCAAGUUAUUAAGGAAUUUCCUUCUUUUAGUGAAUUAGGCUUAGGAAGUACCAGUGUCGAAAGUCAUAAGAUAGAGGUAACGAAUGAACAGCUACCGAUGAAGCAACGACACUACCCGAUUUCGCCUGCUAUUCAAAAGCUUAUGUAUGAUGAAUUAGAUCGAAUGUUGAGCCUAGGAGUUAUUGAAGAAAGCAAUAGUAGCUGGAGUUCGCCUGUAACCUUAGUUGUGAAGGAAAAUAAACAUAGGUGGUGUUUAGAUGCACGUAAGGUCAACGAUCGCACAAUCAAAGACGCCUAUCCUCUGCCCCACAUUGAAGGUAUCCUAAGUAGGUUGCAGGACACCAAGUAUAUUUCGACGAUAGAUCUCAAGGAUGCCUUUUGGCAAAUUCCGUUGGAGAGGGAAUCAAGAGAGAAGACAGCGUUUACGGUACCAGGUAGGCCACUGUACCAGUUUACGGUUAUGCCAUUCGGGCUGUGUAAUGCCGCUCAGAGAAUGUGUCGUCUGAUGGACAAGGUUAUUCCAGCAGCUCUACGUGAACGUGUAUUCGUUUAUCUUGAUGACCUAUUGGUAUGCUCAAGUGAUUUCGAAACUCAUAUGAUGUUAUUAAAGAAAGUUGCUGAUUGUCUAAGCAAAGCUAACUUGACAAUUAAUGUACAGAAAAGUAAGUUCUGUCAUAUAGAAGUAAAGUAUCUGGGAUAUAUUGUGGGCAACGGCAUUAUUAAAACGGAUCCUGCGAAAGUUGAGGCCAUGAACAUGUUUCCAGAGCCCAGAACAGCAAAACAACUUCGACGAUUUCUGGGCAUGACAGGAUGGUACAGACGCUUUAUACAAGAUCACGCGACAACUGCUGCACCCCUGCAUGACUGUCUCAGCAAAGGUAAUUUAAAGAAAUUCACCUUAACUGAUUAG